UGGUCUUUUAAAGCAGCUUGUUGCAGGGAAUUUAUACACUAGAACUGUGUUCUUUCUCUCUCUCUGUGUGUGUGUGUGUAUAGAUCUUCACUAGCUAACAAUAUGAAGCUCGGCUUUCUGCUGCUCCUGGCUCUUGUUACAUGGACAACCGACGCAGUUAUUAGGAUUCCCCUAACGAAGUUUCGUUCCUUAAGGCGCUCAAUGUCCGAUUCAGGUCGAGCUGUGGAGGAACUCUUGGCCACCUCAAAGCAAACAAAAUACAACCUGGGUUUCCCAUCCAAAUCUGGACCAACCCCUGAAACCCUAAAGAAUUACCUAGAUGCCCAAUACUAUGGUGAGAUAGGUCUUGGCACUCCAAUCCAGACCUUCACUGUGGUGUUUGACACCGGAUCCUCCAACUUGUGGGUUCCUUCUGUCCACUGCUCCCUUACAGACAUUGCAUGCUUGCUUCAUCACAAGUAUAAUGGGGCCAAAUCCAGCACGUAUGUUAAGAACGGCACUGCUUUUGCAAUUCAAUAUGGCUCUGGGAGUCUCUCUGGCUACCUCAGCCAGGAUAUCUGCACGAUUGGAGACCUUGCUGUACAGAAGCAGAUAUUUGGUGAGGCCAUCAAGCAGCCAGGAGUUGCCUUCAUCGCUGCAAAGUUUGACGGUAUCCUGGGUAUGGCAUACCCUCGCAUUUCUGUAGAAGGGGUUCCUCCAGUCUUUGACAUGAUGAUGAGCCAGAAGAAACUGGAGAAGAAUGUCUUCUCUUUCUAUCUAAACAGGAACCCAGAUACUCAGCCUGGUGGUGAACUCUUGUUGGGAGGCACAGACCCAAAGUACUACACUGGAGAUUUUCACUAUGUAAACAUCUCCCGACAGGCCUACUGGCAGAUUCACAUGGAUGGCAUGACCAUUGGCAGUCAGCUGAACCUUUGUAAAGGAGGCUGCGAGGCCAUUGUGGACACUGGCACGUCUCUCAUCACUGGACCUGCGGCUGAGGUCAAGGCUCUCCAGAAGGCCAUUGGAGCGAUUCCUCUGAUCCAGGGAGAGUACAUGGUUGACUGCAAGAAGGUGCCUUCCCUUCCUACCAUUUCCUUCAGUUUGGGUGGACAGACCUACACACUGACUGGAGAACAGUACAUUCUUAAGGAGAGCCAAGCUGGUAGAGAAAUCUGUUUGAGUGGAUUCAUGGCACUAGAUAUCCCUCCUCCUGCUGGGCCGCUCUGGAUCCUGGGUGAUGUGUUCAUCGGACAGUACUACACCCUGUUUGAUCGUGAGGAAAACCGAGUGGGCUUUGCUAAGGCCAUUUAGGCCCAUCAAACUGUAGGCUUGUCUUUUUGAACAAAUGGUAGGAAAGGAGUCAGAAUGGAUGCAGGAAAAACUCAAUACUCUCCAAUAGAAUCAUAUCAGCUGCUAUUAUAAUAUCUGCUUAUCAAUCUGAUCAUAUUGUGCAUGCACUGACCUUCUUUAGCUCCCGAGUAGUCCGUUAAAUGAGCUUGAAGUUUAUAAAUCAGGGAAAGAGCACAAUGUACUACACAUGCUAGCAAAGUAAUGACUACGUAAUCUAUGAUAACGUUUUAAUGGAUUUUAACAGGGUUUUAUGUUUUAUUUAGUUUUUGUGGGUUUUUAGACUUUAUUGAAAAUACCCAAGUAAAUUUGGAUCAAAUUUUUUUUUAGCACAUUAGAUUAAUACAAUACAUCAAUUUGUAUUUAGAUUCUUUUUUUAAUGUGGUUUUGAGAAUGUGCUUUGCAUUUGUCUGCUGUGAUUGAAAGUUGUAACCAAGAUCUUACAUAAUUACACUGGCUGUUAUAAUUUAUACCUUCUCCCAAGUUAACAGAUGGUCAAACAAUAAAAUAUGUGGACUGAACAAAAAAUAA